AGAAAGCGCCCCCCUUUUAAGCUGUGCUCGUCGCUUGAGUGUCGCCUUCAUUUUUGUUCGCAGCAGACAGAGGCAGCACUGAUGGCAGGCGCCACUGCUUUGCCGCUUCAGCAGUUAAUUGCGUCGCUGGACAAAGCUUGUCUGCCAAAAAUUUUGCAGGUUUGCUCUGGAGUGUAUUUCCAAGGGUCUAUAUAUGAAAUUUCUGGGAGUGAAGUUUGCUUUUCUACGGGGGAUCUAAUAAAGGUCAUCGGCACGGAGCUCCUGUCGGUUUCCUGUGAAGACAUCAGCACCAAUGAGAAGUUUGAAUUGCCCAUCAACCACACAGCCUUGUUCAAGGUUGUGCCAGAGGAAAUGCCUUAUGGGACGAUGGAGGAGAUGUUGAGCCUGAGGCCCGUAGGCCUAGAGUCAUGCCUUCCUUUCACCUUCACCAACCACUCCACUAUGACUUUUGGAAACUUCACAGUCGGAGCUAAGGAAGCUUUGACAGUACUCUCCAUUGAGAAGCAGGAGGGACAGGAGGGUCACGUCCGCUGCCACGUUCAAGGGCAGCAGGAGGCCUCGGCUGAAGUUUGCAUCCCUCUUUCUUAUCGCGGGGAGUUUUAUGAGUGUGAAAGCCAAGAGUGCUUCACUGUGCAGGAGAUCAUGUCCUCGCCCUGUCUGCGAUGUCGAAGGUUCUUCUUCGUGAAUGCCACCAAAUACGAACGUCCCCUCGUCCUCAGUCCGAUAUACCAGGUCCACGCCAUCAUGAACCUGAGAAAGAAUGUCCUGAAGUUUCCCUCCAGCUUAGAAGUAGAUGUGGUUGAUGUCACUGAGCUGUGUAAAGAUGUGACCUUCACGACGCCGCUCAAUCUGACAGAGGUUGUGUCCCAGCCAGACGAAUCCUUCCCUGUGGUGGUGGAGAUACUGGAAAAACCAGAGAACCGCUCGCUGUUCAAAUGCAGCUGGCUGCCAGAGGUCAGCAGGAGCGAACGGCUGGUUUUCCACAAGAAAGGAACUUCGGCCAUGGUCCUGUUAUCCAGCUCUAAGAGCCGGAAGGCGCAGCAGUUCUUCCUGGUAUCGCAACAAUACGGAGGGCGAUUCCGGAGGCGGCCGAGAGAGUUCAACUCGGUGUACGAGCUGCAUGUUGCUUCAGUCACAACACAGGCUCUGAGGGUCAGCGUGACGAAGAACUGCGAGGAGGUUGAGGAGGAGGGCUUGCCUGCGCUCAGCGUGGGGGAACAGCUGGAGGUGCUUCGCUGCGAGAGGAUGGAGCUGCCUGGUGGGAAACGCAAGGGGGAGAGGGAGUCGGUCGAGGCUCUUCUGUGUCAGCGUCUCCAGGACCUGGAUGACGACGACGACGAUGACGAAGAUGAGGUUAGGCUGGAGAACGAGAGGGAGGACAUUUAUCUGCCUCUGUACAUGCAGGGUCACUUUGUCGAGGUGAUUAAAGAUAAUAAGAAAUACAAACUCAAGGACUUGGGGAAAGAGUUCAGUUUGCCACUCGAUGUCAAAGUGGUGAGUCGUGACACCGAAGUCGAGACCGAUCCUCUAGUCGGGUUCUCGUGCCUCAGAAUAGAAGGGGCCAUGUUAGAGCCCAUCAUCCAGGCAAGCCUUCCGCACAGGCCGGAGCAGUGCUUUGAGAUCCCGGCACAGUGGCUCUCCAUGUCCGUCUCCUUCACCGCGGAUGCUCUGCCGUGGCCCUGCGGUCGGCCCCCGGCGCUGCGCGUGGACAAGGUGACUGAGGUGACCGACACCUUCUUCUAUGAAUUUCGCAAGCAGGACAGCUCAGAUGCCACGCCGCCGCCGCGGCCGCCGAAGAGAAACCCGCUGUCCUCAAAGCCUUCGAAGAAAGCAAAAGCAAAGAAGGCAUCGAAGAGCGACCGAUCAAGACACCAUCAGAACAAGAGCCUCCCGGCGAAGGAGUUUGCAGAUUUGACUUUAAGUAGCAAGAAACGGCCCCCGGCUCCCCCACCUCCUCCUGAUAUCUUAGAUGAUCAGCCCCCACCAGUUGUGCCCCGAAAGCACUCAACAGCUGAAAUACCAGGAAAGGCUCUGCCAAACACUUAUGUCAGAAUUGAGGAGUCGAAAAGUGUGCCUCUGUCUGCGGCAGAUUCAGAAAGUGAUCAUGAUUACGAAGAAGUGAAUGAUACCUUAAAAGCAAUGUUGAAGAAUGCACAAGAGAACAUCAUGUUCUACUAAGCUACAGAACCACACAUGCUGUAUUAAAACUCAUAACGGAACAAUUUAACUUAACAAGAACCACAGUGUACUUAUUAAUAUUGUAUUGCAUAAUCUAUGAGUGCGUGACAUUGCGUUGCAUGUGAACGUAUCUGAGACAGUUAAGCACCUUGUUCACCUGAGACAUGUCUCUGGCACAUGGUUUGUAAAGCCACACAGAUGUCACGUCCUCAUUUACUUUUAUGUGUGUCGGGCCACGCGAACGUUUGAUGAGGCUACAAAGGAGCAAAGAUAAACUCCACAACUGUCAUGCGGUCAAACUAGUGUUUUUAGUUUUCAAACUGCCCACUCCAUCCAAGGGCUGUAUGUGUCUGGAGCUUCGUCAGGUUCAGUCCACACACGAUCUGUGGCCAAAUGCUCUUUUCUACACUAUUUAUUGUUCAGAUAGGAUACGAAUACUGUUUCUAAACUAGUGUUGUGUUUAAUUAGCAUUCAUUGUGCAAUAAUUAUGAUUCAUUCUGAAACGAACUGAUAUCCAGGAUUAUAGAAUACAAGAAAGUGUCUUUACAUCAUUAUUAUUAUUUUUUUUAAACACCACUUACAUUACUAUUCUGAGAUUGCAGUUGCAUGCGCCUGUUUCCUGAGCUAUGCAAACUCAAGAGCAGCUUCUUCCACGGUCACCACACAUCAAGCCAGCUACCUGAGAGUAUAAAAAGGUGCUACACAUGUCAAACCCUGCUUUUUUUUAUUAAACUCAUGGUGAUUUUUUUUUUCAUUCAUUUCAUCAUGACACCUGCCAUCACAUGGGGAAGAGAAAAUAAUAAAAUGCUGGUUUUAUACAAACUAUUUUCAGAUUAAUAUUUUACGUGUUAAAAUGAUCUAAAAUAAAAAGCUUCAAUUUACA